GCAGCGCAGCGGCGCCCUCUGACGCGUCACCGGCCGAGCUUGUGUGAACAUUAGCGCGCUCCGCACUGCACCGCUGACCGCCCGCAGACCGCCCGAUCCCCGCAGGCGGAGAGCAGUGAAGAAACGCCGCCGUUCGCGUUCCGCUCGCCUGGCGGUUUGUACGGCCGUGCGAACAGUGCGCGUCCUGCCCUGUGCUGACAUGUGCGGGUGUAGCCGCUAGCGGGCGAGCCGGGGCCGAGGAGCGUCGGCCGCUUGUACCCUUCACCCGGACCGGAGCGUGCAUGUACAUCAAAGGCCGGGUUAAGGAGCCCGUCGACGGCGAGGAGGAUGCGCAAGGACGUGAGGAUAUUGUUAGUGGGAGAGCCCAAAGUGGGGAAGACGUCUCUCAUCAUGUCGCUGGUCAGCGAGGAGUUCCCCAGCGUGGUUCCCUACCGGGCUGAGGAAAUCACCAUACCUGCAGAUGUCACACCCGAACGAGUUCCCACACACAUCGUGGACUACUCGGAGGCGGAGCAGACGGAUGAGCAGUUGUUCCAGGAGAUCACCAAGGCCAACGUGAUUUGCAUUGUCUACUCUGUCAACAACAAGACGUCUAUUGAAAAGGUGACGAGCCACUGGAUCCCCCUCAUCACGGAGAACACGGACAAGGACAGCAGGGUCCCUCUAAUUCUGGUGGGGAACAAGUCCGACCUGGUGGAACACAGCAGCAUGGACACCAUACUGCCCAUCAUGAAUCGGCACAGCGAGAUAGAGACCUGCGUCGAGUGUUCAGCAAAGAACCUGAAGAACAUCUCAGAGCUGUUCUACUACGCCCAAAAGGCCGUCCUGCACCCCACGGGUCCUCUUUACUGCCCAGAGAGAAAAGACAUGAAGCCACUUUGUGUGAAAGCCCUGACUCGCAUCUUCAAAGUGUCGGACCUGGACAACGAUGGCAUCCUCAACGACCACGAGCUCAAUUUCUUCCAACGGACGUGCUUCAACGCCCCACUCGAGUCCCAGGCGUUGGAGGAUGUCAAAAAUGUGGUGAGGAAGAACAUGAGUGACGGAGUGUGUGACAACGGACUCACUCUGAAAGGCUUCCUGUUCCUCCACACGCUGUUCAUCCAGCGAGGUCGCCAUGAGACGACGUGGACGGUGCUGAGGAGGUUUGGCUACGACGACGACCUGGAGUUAAAUCAGGACUACCUCUUCCCGCCGUUGAAGCUCCCCGCAGACAGCACCACCGAGCUCAACCACAAUGCCUACCUCUUCCUCCAGAGCGUCUUUGACAAACAUGACAAGGACCGUGACUGUGCCUUGUCACCAGAGGAGACGAGGGACCUGUUUGAUGUGUUUCCCUACAUGCCCUGGGGUCCGGAUGUCUAUAAUACAGUUUGCACUAACGACCAGGGCUGGAUCACCUACCAGGGAUACCUCUCCCAGUGGACUUUAACAACGUAUCUGGAUGUCCAACGAUGCCUGGAGUAUUUGGGUUACCUCGGUUACUCAAUAAUUGCUGAGCAGGAGUCUCAAGCAUCGGGAAUUACAGUGACCAGAGCUAAGAAGAUUGACCUCCAGAAGAAGCAGACCCAGCGUAGCGUCUUCCGCUGCAACGUCUUUGGAGACGUUGGAAGCGGCAAGAGCGGCUUCCUGCAAGCGUUCCUGGGUAGAAACCUCAUGCGCCAAAAAGCGAUCAGCGAGGAACACCGAUCCUACUACGCCAUCAGCACCACCUACGUAUACGGCCAGGAGAAAUACCUGCUUCUUCACGAAGUGUUCCCUGACUUUGACUACCUGUCCGACGGCGAUCUGGCCUGUGACAUUGUCGGCCUGGUGUACGACGUCGGCAACCCCUACUCCUUCGAGUACUGCGCCAAAGUCUUCAAGCAAUACUUCAUGGACAGCAAGAUUCCGUGCAUGAUGAUCGCAGCGAAGUCGGACCAGCCGGAGGUCAAACAGGUGUACGGCUGCAGUCCUCUGGAGUUCUGUAGGAAGCACAAGAUGCCCCCUCCCCAGUCCUUCACCUGCAACACCGCGGCCGCUCCCAGCAGAGACAUCUUCACCAAACUUACCACUGUGGCCAUGUACCCCCACGCCCGGUUGCGCUGCAUGUGCACUUGCAACCGGUGCACCUUCUGCUUGUGUCAGAACUUCCUCAACUCUGAGCUGCUGCAGACAGUCAGGGCCAAACUCUACGCCGUUGUGCUCAGAAGGCAUGUGAGCCAAGCGGACCUGAAGAGCUCCACCUUCUGGCUGCGAGCGAGCGUCGGGGCCUCGGUGUGCGCCAUGCUGGGCUUUGCCAUGUACAGGCUGCUGCUCAAGUCGCGGUGAUUCUCUUUACCCCCCCCGCGGUUCAUCCGGAGCUGGUGGGACCCGUCACCACAUCUGGCUGACGUGUCAAAGCUUAGUUUACCAAACAUUUGUUUUAUUUUCCAUUUGUCUUUUUCUCUUAAUGGGGAUAAAACAGAACAGUAUUGAAUUUUGUACUGAAACUGCUAUCAAUUUCCUUGAUCUGUAUGUUUGCAAAGUAAUAUAUUUCUAUUGGAGGGGGUAAGCUGCUGAUGAGCCAUAGUGACUAACAAGAAGUUGCGUACGUGUAUCGCUGCUUUUUGGUUGCUUGCUGACUGAAGCGAACCGUUUCCGCUGUGGUAGCAAUAGUUUGCAAUAACAUUAAUGCUUUUAUUAGACUUAACUUUGUAAAUAGCACAUAUGAUAUAGUAGACUUCACAUUUGUUUGUCUCUAACAAAAACGUGUCUGAUUCCCGCUCAAAACAGUGAAUGCAGAGAAAUCAUUCACUCAACCGCCUGCUUCUGAACCCCCACAAACCUCAGACAUUCAGACUGUUUGAGGCCCAAACACUUGGAUGCACAGUUUUUUUUUUUUGUACGUGUUAGCAGGUCAGUGUUUGAUCACUGGAUGUGUGGAAGCGUCUGCUGCUGCUCUCUCUCUACCCCCCCCCCCCCCUCCCUCAGUGUAUGCUAACAUAUUUAUCAUUGACCCUUCAAAGCCACUACAUUUUGUAUUAGCAUGCUUCUGACUUUCCGAUCACAUUUCUGAGUUUUAACACUUACUGUACUAAAGGACUACCAUGCCGAGUUCUCCACAUUGCUUCCCACCUUCCAAUGAUCCAGGAAUUGUAGUAGUAGUAAUGUUUAUUGACAGGAGCUCUUAAAAUGGUUGCAGCACGGUAAAGUUGAACAGCCCUUGUGAUCUCCGUUCACCUCGACUGAUCACAGAAAAUGCAAUAACGUGGCCCAAGAUGUGGAUUUCCAUGCGAUUGGUUUAGUUUGAUGUAUUCACUCAGCCCCGCCUUUCCAAGAGUUUACAAUAAACAAAUAUCUGUAUGACA